UGAUGAAACAUUUUCAACCGAUACGGAGUGGCGGUCUCAAUUGGGGCAAACACAAACCCUAACAUGCUUCUCACACCAAAUUAGGUUAGCUAUGAAGAUUGAAGAUGAGUGAGUAUAGUGGUGAGUGUUUUCUGCAAGUGACAGGUGAUUAAGGAAGUAGGUGUCUCUGAACUAUGUUUCUAAAAUGUUUUGGCCACUCAAGUUCAUCACAGAGACAGUAUCCAACAAUAAUAGAAGAGUUGUGCCAUCAAUUUUCUCUUGCCGAUCUUGGGAAAUCAACCAACAACUUUGAUCAAAACAGAGUUAUUGGGCGUGGAGCAUUUAGUACGGUAUACAAAGGUUGUCUCCAACAUAAAGAUGGUUCUGAUUAUACAGUCGCAUUAAAACGGUUUCAUGAAGGAUACAGUGCAGUGUUCAAGAAAGAAAUAGAGUUGCUCUGCCAGCUUCGCCACCCUAAUUGUGUUUCUCUUAUUGGAUUCUGCAACCAUGAGAAAGAGAAGAUUAUUGUCUACGAGUACAUGUCCAAUGGAUCUCUAGAUAGACACCUACUACGUGGGAAACUGUCAUGGAAAAAAAGGGUAGAGAUUUGCAUAGGAGUAGCGUGUGGAUUACACUACCUUCAUGCUGGAGCCAAGCGCUCCAUCUUUCAUUGUAUCCUCAGAGCCAGUACCAUUCUUUUGGAUGAAGACAAGGAGCCAAAACUCGCAGGAUUCGGCCUUAGCAUACAGGGACCGCAAUUUAAUUCGAAGAAGCCGAAACAAAUUAAUGCAGAUCAUAUUAUGGAUACUCUUGGUUACAUGCCUUUGGAGUAUGUCAUGAAUGGUUCUGUCACUGAUAAAUGGGAUGUUUUCUCAUUUGGUUUGGUUCUGCUACGAGUUGUGUGUGGAAUGGAUUAUUUCAUAAUGGCAGCAGAGAGGAAACUUAUGGAGAAGCCUGUUGAAGAGAAUAUUGAUUCGAAUAUCAAAGGAAAGAUUGCACCGGAGUGUUGGCAAGUCUUUAUAGAUAUCAUGGUCAGAUGCUUGGAGUAUGAACCAGAUGAGCGACCAGCAAUGGGUGAAGUGGAGGUGGAACUUGAGCAUGCUCUGUCGCUGCAGGAACAAGCAGAUAUCACAAACACUGAUGGUGAUUAUAACUUAUUGUCCAAAACCAUUAUUCCCAUUGCCCGUGGUAGUGAAAUGAAAGAGUAAUCCUACACAGAAGACAGUGAUACAUACUGAAGAAAUGUAGGUGAUUAGGACAACUGAAAUUAAGGUUAGUGUUUUCAGUCACAAUAAGCUAAAAUUGAUUGAGAUACUUGUAGCUUUUGUUAUGAUCCCUGUUUCUAGCAUUUUUUUUAUUUUACCAGAAGCUGUCAUUGUAAUAAUAGUAUAAAUUUGAAAGGAACACAGGACAUCGGAUGCCAACAAACCAGUAAUGAUAGAGUCAUAGAACCCCCUUGCUUCAGUCUAUAAUUUUUGCUCUUCCUCUUCCGGACAACCCUCACUUUAUAACUAGGCACUGAUAUAGAACACAAUAGUACGGAAGAUCUGUGUUAUCAAUGGUAAAGGUCACUUCACACCUGAAGCAUGUAGUAUUUUUAAAUGGAAAAAGACACAGUAAUGUUGGAAAAUCGUAAGUCUUCAAUGCAACUUGAAGAAGAAUAUUGGCAUCCUAAGCCUUCAAAUAUCAUCAGUUUGUGUCAAUGCUCUUGUCAUUAUCUUCUAAUUGCCAAAUUGAAUAUUUUUCUUCAAGAUUGAUUUUAUUGAUUGAAAUUAUUUGAUAAUGGCAAGGCUAUCAAUUAUAUAUUUGGAUUUGCUAUGAUAUUUUGAUCAAGUUUGGAAUUUGUGUGCUUCUGUAAAAGAAUGGACUAAUUAGUGGAAUUAUUCCUGUUUUAGAAGAUUUUAAUAUCUAGUUGCACCAAAGGCAUACAGAGGGGGAGUUUCACAGCUCUUGGACUAAUCAACCCUUGUACUGGGGAGCUAACAGCAUUGAUGAUACUUUCUCCUGGUGUUGAAAGUAUGCAGGCAGCGAUGAAAGCAUAAUACUUUGCAGGGAAUAAGAGUACAAUCGUAUAGAUAGGGGUUCGGGUAGAAAUGCAUGAAAUUAUGCAGUCAGGAACUAGAUUCUCUUGCUGCCAAGGAGGGUAAGUUGUGCUUAUAGUGCCUAUUACGCUGGAGAGUAGCAACUUUUUGUACUGCUUUGGCUUGGUCUGGUCACACCUUGUGAUCCAACCUAUUUCUUCUAAUAAUAUUUGUUUUCCCUCUUAAAAAAAACUGGUGGAAUUGUACUCAUCUCAUUGCUGGACGUGAAAAAGAGACAUGGUGUGUAUUUUGUGCAUUGUCAUCAUUCAAGAUUCAAACCUCAGUUUAUUCCAUCAAUGCUACAACUCAGAGUGGAGAUUUGAAUCGUAUGGAAAUGUUUCUGCAUUCAUUUCAUUAAUUCUUUAUAGGAUGUGUCUUCUUCUGUCAGAUUUUUUAAGCAGUUCUUAACAUAAUAUGAACUUUCCCUCUGUUCUCUUCCUUUUUCUUUCCUAAUUUUGUUUUUCCAGGUGAUAUAUUUUAUAAGAAAAAGGAUUAUACAUUGACACAGCAUAAUCAUCUCUUGCUGCCAAAUUUUGACUAUGAGACUGACUGCCAAGACCUCACCAAUACUUGGAACAAACCCAAAAACCAGAACUCUACAUAUUAUGCUACAAUUCUGCAGGACUGCCGCCAAAUGUUGGCCAAUUCUCAGCAUAUUUUAAUUGUUCAUUCAAAGAAAGAAGCAAAUUGUGUAGCACAUAGGCUCUCUAGAUUAGCUUUUACUACUUCUGAAAGAUACUGGAUGGAGGAUGUUUCAUCCCAGCUCAGUUUUGAUGUGCAGCAUGAUUUAGGGACAAUUUUUGUUCCUGAUACCUCUUAAUGAAUCAUCUCAAAAAAAAGGUUUGGGGGGAGGGGGAUGUAAGGAUAAUAAAUCUUAGAUCCUAUUUUGGGCUGAAAUUAACAUGGGAAGGGUAAGAUGCACUAGUGGCACCAAUUGAUAUGGAUUACUAUUUAUGC